AUAUAUAGAUAUAUAUAUAUAUCGUUUGUCAGGAGAGUUACGUGAACAGAAAACUAAUUGAAAAUGUGCAACGCUCCCUGCGAAUGCCUCAAGUGCCCUGGCAAGGUAGUUUGCUGCUGCUGCUCAUGCGCUUGCAAAAUGUUAAUGAGCAUCAUUUGCUCGUUCCUCGUGCUGCUGGUGAUAAUUGGACUGAUCGUCUACUUCACUGUCUACUACAACAAGGAUAACGACAAUAACAACCAACAGAAGCAGCUGGAGAGAAUGUUGCCAGUUGUUAAGCGAAGCAUACGGGACUUCUUCAAUAAGGAAUACUAAUGUUAAUAGUAAAGAAAAUAAGCUCAAAGAAUUUAUAAUAUAAGCUAAAAUAGUUAACGAAUAAACAACGACAA